AUGGGACACAUCUCGGAGCACGUCUCACUGCUUUCUAAAGACCGCGAGGUCGACAUUGAGUUCACACCUGCCAUUAUUGGACGUGGCACAAGCUUUCCGUCUGUUAGUCCUUCCUACUCGGCAUCUCUUGAUGUUAUUAAGAAGCACGAUUACGAAACAGAGAGUGACGUUGCUUCUCUCGCACAAGAAUUGACUCAUGAACAAGAUCAAGAACCUGAUCCUGUGGCAAUUGAUGAAUUUUGGAAAACUAUGGCACUUGCAUACCCAGUAGUCAUCACAUACACUCUUGAGUACCUUCCUGGUCUUGUUUGUAUUGUACUAGUUGGACACAUGCAAUCUCCCGAUACGAAACGGUAUGUGGCAGCAGCAACGCUGUCCACAAUGUUUACCAAUAUAUCAGCACUUUGCAUUGGCUUUGGACUCACAUCAGCCCUCGAUACAUUGUGUUCUCAAGCUUACGGAGCUGGAAAGACUGACAAGCUCGGUCUUUAUUUGCAGUCUGCAAUAAUAGUAGUCGGAUCGUGUCUGAUUCCAGUUUUUCUCCUCAAUUGGCAUACUGAGUUCUUUCUAGUUUUAUUUGGUCAAGAUCCAGAAGUCGCAAAAUUGGCGGGGGAAUUUUCCAGAGUCACCGUGUUUGGUGUACCCUUUUUAUAUGUAUAUGAAAUGCUGCGGAAAGUAUUGCAAGCCCAAAAUAUUGUACGACCAAUGGUAUUAUUUGCUUUAAUCGGAACGUUUAUCAAUGCUGGUGGUGGUUAUAUGCUCACGUACUGGACAUCCUUGGGAUUUCACGGAGCAGCACUUUCAAGAACAUUGGGCUAUAUGGUAUUACCAUUGUGCCUUGUGCCAUACUUUAUCAUAAGCGGCAAUCACACCAAGUGGUGGAAUGGUUGGCAAUUAAAACAAGCUUAUGCGUUGGCGCCUCUUUUUUUAAGACUUGCAGGACCGUCAUUUAUGAUGAUGGCUAUGGAAUGGUGGGCUUAUGAGCUCCUUGCAGUAUUGGCUGGAAAUUUGCCAGAUGGAGUUGUAGCAGUAAGUGCGCAUGCUGUGCUUAUGAACGUCGCGUCUUCAAUUUAUACAGUUUUUAUGGGUGUUGCGAUUGCAAGCAAUAUUCGAGUUGGAAAUUGUUUGGGUGCGAAUCAUCCUAAAAAGGCGCGAGUGAUCAGCCGGACUACACUAAGUACAGUCUUCGUCCUCUCGUGCGUUUUCGCUGGUAUCGUGUUCAUGCUUCGACACGAGAUCCCGCGUCUUGUGAUAAAUGACCCCAUUGCAAUUCAACGUGCUUCAGGUGCACUUCUUGUGAUGGUUCCUUAUGAAAUCAUUGACUCCCUCAAUUGUGUCAUACAAGGGAUUUACAAAGGUGUUGGGUGGCAAAAUAGAGCUGCAAAGACCAACGUUCUGGCCUUUUAUGUUAUCGGUAUUCCGUUUGGAGCAUUAUUAGCUUUUCAUUUUGGUGUUGGAAUUGAAGGACUAUGGGUAGGCUUUGGCGUCGGCAUCGCUACAGCGUUUACAGUUUGUAGCAUCAAUCUUUACUACGCAAGCUGGGAGCAAAUGGCCCUUGAAGCCCGAGCACGACUCGCUCAUUAA